GGGCUGCUUAGUAUGCCUGCGGUUGAAUACACGAAAUCUUUUAUCACAUCCGUUGUGUUGGGGAAGGAUGUAGUACCUCGCAUCGGAUUACAUCAGAUGGAAGCUUUGCGUGCUGACCUAAUCAAUGCAAUUCAACGAAGUGUAGAUCCGAAAUGGAAAACAAUAUCCUGCUCCGUUAUUUGUUGUGGUUGUGGAGCUGAACCCACAUCUGUUGUUGAGAUGUCCGGCAAAGAUAUCCAUAUUAAUCAAUACCAAGAGCAAAGAGACUCUGCUCGCUCAACAAGUGCACAUCCCACAGACAGCUCUAUUGCCUUGACAUUACACCAGCCUCUGUACCCACCUGGCCGAAUAAUUCACAUAGUUCGACACCAUCCAAAACCUGAAGAGCAAAAGUUCGACAGCGGUUGGAGAAGUGUUCUUAAGAGCCACGAGCCGGUUUAUCAGGCCAUCUGGGCUGAUACCUGCGAUUUCGAUGAGGUUCUCAUAUCGCCAGUAAUGCUGCAGGAUCACAUGCCGGACAAGGUGCUGGCGGCACUCAAAAAGGUUGUAACCACCAGUGGACCACGCAAACCGCAACGUCAAACUUCAAAUGCAUUCUCGACCAUAUCUAACGACUACAAUCCUUAUGAUUUUGAAGUCGAGCGAAUAUCUUCUCUCGGUUCUAUAGAUCCAAUAAACGUUUUAAAACUUGAAAGCAACCAAUAUAAGCAACUAUCGCACAGCUCAUUUCCUAACAUAAGCAGCUCCAUAAACUUAACACCAACAACACAGCACAAAAUUUGCCAUGAAACCUCUUUUGCAAAUUUACAAGCCCCCCUGGAUAUACAAACGAUAGCUGCGCAGUAUGUUGCUGGACCAAAUUCUAGUAAGACAUCAUCGAUUGCAGGCAGCAUUUUCGGUCGGAGUCAGCUGAGUUCAGCUCAGUAUGACAUAUCAGUGGAUGAGAGUAUAACAACCGUAACGCGUCGAAGUCCUUCAGUACCGAGCGAAACUGCCACAGUGAUCAUUAAUUAUCCAGAUCAAUUACCUAUCCACCGCCUGAAGGCUGUUGCUUUCGACAUUGAUAGCAAUUUUGGUAUGCCAAUAAAAUUGGCGUCCCCGCAAGCUGCAUCCAAAGUUAAUCUAUAUCGUCAAUAUUCGGCGCGUGCCGAUAAGCGGAAGCGUAAUCUGCCCAUAACAGCAUUGCGUAGGGCUUCGGAUGCGUCGCGACCAAUCGAUUUGCUGCAUGAUGACUGGCUCGGUUUAGCGCCAUUAGCUAGUCCCGAAACGUUAUCGGAGAUCUCAAGCAUCUCGUCGCGCACAAGUGCACCUAUUAGUUUGGCUAACAGCAUAGAACGGUAUUUGCAUAACUUGAACUUAAGCGGCGGCGAUAAUGCAAACGCACGACCGAUGCUCGGAGACAUUUUUGAAUCACAAAUGCAUACUCCUAAAAUAAUGCGGCGAGCGCCCAAGUUCAGUGAAAACCUGUCAACAUGCGCAGAGGACAGUCGCAAUCUGGAUCAAUACAAGCGAAUGGGCCGAGUGUUUGUCACAUUGCCGCCCAUCUUUGGCGACAGCUAUAUUAAUAAUAAUAAUAAUAACAAUCAGCAAUCAAGCUUCGAUUCAAGUGACGAUAGUUACGAAUCGGCACAGAGUCUUAGUCGAGUUCAGUCGAAACUUAAAGCCGCUCCUGUACAGGAAUCUAUUGGUGCCAAUGCCCUCCAAUCUAAGCAGAGUUCAAAGUCAGCGGAUCCAUUAGAUGGUGAUACUACUGAACAAAGGCAAGCUCAGCAUCCUGCUAAGAAACUAACUUUUAGUGAUAGUGAAAUUCUAAAUGAAGAUUGCCAGGGGCAAUGCCCUAAUUGUCCAUGCCGAUUGGAUGUGAGAUGUGAAGUUAAAGUUGAUUGCUGCCAGCGCGUGGAGCACAGCCAAUGCUUAAUGGUAGGUUUGAACAAAGAAAGGAAUAGUGGAUCAGGUGAAACUACUUUUUAUAGCGCAAACUCGUCCAUCGAACAAUUCUCGACGCCUGGUAGGUCCAUUUGCUGUAACAAAACCGCCUCUAAUGGCAACUCUGAGUGCCAAAGUGUCACCGAGGAGACAUUCGUCAUACGACCGGGUGUACUCGAAUCUCAUUUUCCGGUGUAUGAACCUGAUUGCCAUCCAGCGCACCAUAAUAGUGCACAAACUGCAGGUGUCGCGAAAAAAAAUCAAUCCCCUGAGUCUACUCCUCAAUCGCAUGCCGACUCAACACAACAAAUGAGGCGCGAUGUAAUUGGUGGCCGCAUACGCAAACGAUUGUCAUCCGAAGAGUUUAUAUUCACCCGCACUGAGGAUUUGCCACUAAUUGCCCAGCUGGGAGAGAAAUCAAACAAACGUAAGGGGUGCGUUUAUCCGGCGCUGAAUAAUUAUAAUAUUCGGAUAGCACGACCAGUGCCAGUGCACACAAAUGCAACAACAACAACGACUACAAUACCAACUACUGCUGCUACUCCAGCCUCCUCCUCAUCGCAUUUACAAAUACAAAAUAAUGCAAAUCAACUAGAUUCACUACCUACUUCGAGUCCCCCUAGCAAAUGUUCUAGUCUAAUAUUUCCUAUAGCGAAUAGUGAAGAAAGUAGUGUCUGAAAUUCGUGGCAAGUACCUAAUUAAAUAUACUUAUACAUACAAAAAAUAAGUUUACAUACAUAAAUAUGUAGUAGUUAGUGCACGUAAACACGUUAAUAAGACACGUUAAGAGACAUACAUAAAUGCAUCUUGUACAAAAUCCCUAAGAAAUGUAUUUUAUGUUACCGUCGCACCUGAGGAGCUAUCCAAUCUCGGCUAGUUAGUGAAUCAUCAACAUUUAUGCAUUGAAACGAAGUGCAAUAUAAACCAUCUAUACAACUGUGAUCAUAAAGAGAUAAACUGUUUUUAUUAAAAUAAAUGGGAUAUGUUGUAUUUGCUGUAAAAAACGUGUGAUUGGUAAAUAAAGUAUCCUCAAGUAGUCGGCUAAAGACCUUUUUGAUAUUGAA